GUACUCACAACACUAUGGUUUACUGUCGAGGGACUUGAUCAAUGUUCGCAUAUCAACUAUCUGUCUUAUGGUGCCUGAUUUUAAACUGCAUGUCCAUGUUCCCGUUUUCGACAAGUUUAGUCAACAUAAAACCAUAUAUAUUUUGCUGCUCGAGCCAAACUGAGCUGACCUAUGUGCUCCAACGAUGGACUCAAUAUUCCACAAUGCACUGUAUGUAAACAAUAGACCAAGCACAGAUCAGCAAACUGAAGAGUAGACCAAUCAGAGAUCGUUGUCUGUAAUGGAAGCUUGCUAAUGAUUUUGUAAUGGGAAAUCUUUACACUUUCCCGACCUUGAAAUACCCAACGACGUUAAAUAAUAUUAAAAUGCAUACGAAAAUAUACUAUAAUCUUCAUAUCGAGACCUUUAAGUUUAGGAUUUCCCAGAUGCAUAUUUAUGAAAAAGGCAUCCUAAUGUGGAAAAAUAUAGAUCAAUACAUAUAGACAGUCCUACAUUCUCUGGUAAGCUGCUGCCUAUCAACGGUGCUGUGGAAUGCCUCUUUGAAAUGGGCUUUGUGGAGGCAGACACACAUUUGGUAUUUCCCAAGUCUGCAUCAUUGUACCAGCUGAAGAUAAUCAGAGAGUCCAUAGCUGCACAAAGAGCCCAGAGACUUGGUGGAGGGCAGCAUGACCACCUUUCGACUGAGGCGACUGCAGAAAGACAAACUUCAUCAGACUCGUCCCUUCUUGAUAAUCCAUCAUCACAGUCGAACAGCAAGGACUUCUUUGUGACUCUUCAGUCAAACUUCCAACGUGUUCUACUGUAUGAGAACCCUGAGCUUCAGCAGAAAGCCAGAACCUGCAUUCCUUACAAGCAACUGUCCUCUGCUGCUGAGCAGAAGCUGAAGUUGGCUAAGGAGGCUGUGACAGCUUGCAAACUAGGAAAAGAGGACUUCCUGGUGCUGGAGUUGCUAAGGUGGUUCAAAAAUGAAUUCUUCUCCUGGGUUGACUGUUUGCCCUGCAGCCAAUGCAGUGGCCCGACACAGAAUACUGGUUCACUCAGCCCUACCGUCAAUGAUCUACGCUGGGGUGCCACGCGAGUGGAGAACCACUACUGUGAAACCUGCCAGUUAUCCACCAGAUUCCCUCGGUACAACAACCCGGAGAAGCUUCUCACAACCAGAAAGGGACGAUGUGGGGAGUGGGCCAACUGUUUUACCCUAUGUUGCAGAGCUGUUGGCCUUGAGGCUAGGUACAUCUGGGACAGCACAGAUCAUGUAUGGACAGAGAUAUACUCCGUUUCUCAGCGCCGCUGGCUGCACUGUGACUCAUGCGAGAAUGUAUGUGAUAAACCUUUACUGUACGAGCUUGGCUGGGGGAAGGAACUUUCCUAUAUUAUGGCCUUCUCACGGGACCAGGUGGUUGAUGUGACAUGGAGGUAUUCCUGCAAACAUCAAGAGGUUAUGUCAAGAAGAACAAGUGUUCAUGAGACUUUGCUGCUGCAUGCCAUUAUUGGACUCAAUGCUUUGAGACAACGCUCCCUGAGUGUCGAAAGGAAAGGCGAACUGAACAAAAGGCUACUAAUCGAACUUGUUGAGUUCAUUUCUCCCAAAAAACCCAAAGAAGGCGAGCUGGGAGGACGCAUCUCUGGGUCUCUGGAUUGGAAGAUAGCAAGAGGAGAGGCCGGAGGUUCAAAUUCACAGGGCGCAGGCUACGUGUUCACGCCCACUGAUAAAGAGAGGCGGGACAAGUUCAUGCACGUGUUGUACAAUGCCACUAAAGAUCAAUACUGUCGAAUCUCCAAUGACUUUAAGGUCAUCCCCUCUUGGGAUCGAUGUGUGUGGAGGAAGGAAUCUGUCUUUAGGAAGGUGGAAAAUGACUGGGAGAUGGUAUAUAUUGCUCGAACUGAAGGCUCAUGUACAGGACAAAUCAGCUGGAAAUUCAACUUUGCUCCCGCGCAAUUAAGUGUACAGUCCGUUUCAAUCAGGGCCUGUACCCAAACUUUUAAUUGUGGGGAGGUCAACUGGCUCUUGCAAUCGGACACGAUAACAACUAACUUUAUUGGAGAUGGGAGCAUGAAGUCAUUCAAGUGUCUAAACGGCUGCCAUGAGUUCACUGUCACUGCCCUGCUCAGUGGCGGAGAAGGGAAUGCAUCAUGGCAACACUCCCAGCUCUUCAGACAGAGUCUAAAGGAGAAAGAGCAGUCUUCAUUUGAAAUUCUCAUUCACCUAAAAGACACAUGAAGAAUGAACGUAUUGCUCCGGUAUCAAGUUGAACUGCCAUAUCAAAUCUUGCUGGUAAAAGCAAUACCUACCUACUGUCAACAAAUGACCAAAUUAUAUUUCAAGAUGUGAAAAGCGGUUGCUUUGGCUAAAAUAGUACUAUGAUUGAUAAAAUGGUGCUCGGUGCUGGGAAUAGUGGCUUUUGUGAUGUAUUUCUCCACUGGUACACAGAAAAAAAUCAAUUCGGUGUUUUUUGUCAAUGUACAGUGGUACCUCGACAUUCGAUCCUUUCGACAUCAGAAUUUUCAUUUGUUUCGACAUGCUCAAAAUACAAUUUACAACAGCGUUGCAAUUUUAUUGUUUUGCCCCAAGACGGCAGCACAGCGGGGAGAAAUCCCAAGGUUAGUGCAGGUGGUCAAAAAAGGAAAAUGGUGACGCUUACCAUUGAAAUUAAGAUGGAAAUGAUGGAAUAUAUCUAUGAUCUCGACGGUCCUCCUCUGACCGCCAGUCUUUAUAAGUUGAGGUGGCAACUGGCAAUUAUUUUUAUUGUAGCAUCGUUAAGGAAGUCUGCUGCUUCGUCAGGGGUUUAAUCAUUUAUUUCAGAACUUGUGUAACACAACACAGCUACUGUCCGCCGUGGCUGACGCCAACAUCAACAGAACACGGAAAAAAAGUUAAAAACUGUAACGCGCCUCUCUCACUCUGUCGUCAGUCACACGGUGCAUUCAGGAACAGCAUGCAAAACUAGAACCCGAUUGGUUAUAUUACUAUUCCAAUUAGCAUUUAGAAUUUGUUUUGCUAUGUGUAAUUGUACCUGCAGUAUUUAUGAGGGAUUUAGCAUUGGUUUUCGGGCCGUGAAACAAAUUCAUCGAAUAAUAAUGCAUUCCUAUGGGAAAAUCCCACUCGACAUACGACCUUUUCGACUUUACAACUCAAGUCUUGGAACUAAUUAAAUUCUUAUGUAGAGGUACCACUGUAUUAACAUUUUUUUCGCUGGACAUAAUAAAGGUGGUGUCAGUCCCUUUAAAGCAGGAGUCCACAACCUACGGCAGCAGGCCCACCUACACAUUUUUCCUGCUGCCCUGAACAAUACCAGAGAUGCAAUAAGAAUUUUUUUUUUUCCCCCCAUCAGUCCAGCCACAUGUUUGAGGCUUCUACAUGCAUGGAAUGUGACAUUGUCGUAGUAAGAAUUAGAGGUCAAAUCGGGCCUAAAAAAUCCAGCCUGACCAGGCCCAUGCCCGCGGGUAUUGAAGCCCGACCCGGCACGAUCAAUUAACUUGAUUUGCAGGCCCGAGCCUGAAAUAAACCCAAAAUUAGUAAGAAAGGGAGGGGAUGCGUCAGUCAGACCUGGACAAAGCAGUGCUUGGGAUUGGUUGCGUUUUGUGUGAUCACAUUUGUGACGAUGCCAUAAUGAUAAAUUAAAGCCUCUCUUAAUACAGAUGUUUGACGAUCAUUUCUGACAGUGCUGUUUUUUUAAAUGCUCGCUCAGUGUCGAGGUGCCAUUCUCUCUGCUCUCUUGUGAGAGCAAAGUGCCACAUUUGUUACAUUCAGCUGACGCUGGAGCAACUUCAACAAUCAAAUUGAAGCAUUUUCACACCCCCGUCUUACCUUUCUUUUCAAUUCCCCCAUCUUUAGUUUGUUUUUAACUUCUUGCUGCUUCAAAUCAAAAUACCAAGGUCAAAAAUGUGUCAUGGAUACAGAGUGGAAGAUUAAGAAGAGGGCAUACGACACCUCCGUUUUAUCCAAAUCAUUUAUUUUAUAUCAAGUAUUCCUCGCCAAACUCCUCCCAUGCCUCUGCCUCCUCUGUUUUUGCCUCUGCUACCGCCAAAGCUGUUGUCCGCUUGGCCAGCCGGUACCUGUCAGGUGCCUCAGGAGUCCCACAAGCCAAAAAGGCCCGGUAGGCCUUCUUCAGCUCGACGGCAUGCCGAUUGCAACCACCACACGCAAAACACGCAACUGACUUGAAGUUCCGCUCUGAGACUACCAAUUUGGCCAAAUUUUAAAAUUGUGCUAUAUGCAUAUGUGAUACAUCAUUGGAAAGCAUAAGAUCUCAAUUUUCUGGGGGAAGAACGAUUUUGAACAGGAGGGCAUUUAAAAAAAAAAAAAAAAAAAACAGCAAAACCCUAACUGGAGGCGAGAGCACGCAAGGGCAGGAUUAUAGACGCCACGAUUUUAACGAGAUAUCGCGUACUUCUUUUCGAUCCAAAAACUCCAUGUAGCAUGUAUCGAUCGAUUAUUUAUCAUCUCAAAUAACAGAGAAAAUGCAACAGUAACAAAAAAAAAUUAAUUAAGCCAUAGUUAUGAGGUAGAUAUCUCUGACUUUUUUACAGACACCAUUAUUUUCAUUGUGACGUAAUUUGCUUAAAAGUUUAAAAUAUGCGUGUGUAUAUACACUCACCGGACACUUUAUUAGGUACACCAUGCUAGUAACGGGUUGGACCCCCCUUUGCCUUUAGAACUGCCUCAAUUCUUCGUGGCAUAGAUUCAACAAGGUGCUGGAAGCAAUCCUCAGAGAGUUUGGUCCAUAUUGACAUGAUGGCAUCACACAGUUGGUGCAGAUUUGUCGGCUGCACAUCCAUGAUGCGAAUCUCCCGUUCCACCACAUCCCAAAGAUUCUCUAUUGGAUUGAGAUCUGGUGACUGUGGAGGCCAUUUGAGUACAGUGAACUCAUUGUCAUGUUCAAAAAACCAGUCUGAGAUGAUUCCAGCUUUAUGACAUGGCGCAUUAUCCUGCUGAAAGCAGCCAUCAGAAGUUGGGUACAUUGUGGUCAUAAAGGGAUAGACAUGGUCAGCAACAAUACUCAGGUAGACUGUGGCGUUCCAACGAUGCUCAAUUGGUACCAAGGGGCCCAAAGAGUGCCAAGAAAAUAUUCCCCACACCAUUACACCACCACCACCAGCCUGAACCGUUGAUACAAGGCAGGAUGGAUCCAUGCUUUCAUGUUGUUGACGCAAAAUUCUGACCCUACCAUCCGAAUGUCGCAGCAGAAAUCGAGACUCAUCAGAUCAGGCCUGAAUCGGGCCCAAUCUUCUAUUGUCCAAUUUCGAUGAGCUUGUGCAAAUUGUAGCCUCAGUUUCCUGUUCUUAGCUGAAAGGAGUGGCACCCGGCGUGGUCUUCUGCUGCUGUAGCCCAUCUGCCUCAAAGUUCGACGUACUGUGCGUUCAGAGAUGCUCUUCUGCCUACCUUGGUUGUAACGGGUGCUUAUUUAAGUCACUGUUGCCUUUCUAUCAGCUCGAACCAGUCUGGCCAUUCUCAUCUGACCUCUGGCAUCAACAAGGCAUUUCCGCCCACA